CUUCACAUCCGGUAUCGUGUUUGUUUUGUACGCGAGCUUGCUCGUUUGCUUUUUUGUUUUGUUUUGUUUCAUAAUUUUUAUACAGCAGCAGCACGAAAGAGGCGAAAACACAUGCAGCCGCAAUCACGUCAGCCGCCGCCGCCACGAGACGCACAUGUCGGACGUGGGAGGUUUUACGCCUGCGAACUUGACGACGUGACGAGGCACAACUUCCACGCCGUCGGACCGAGCGAGCGAGUCGCUCCGACGCCGGCCGGGGAGCCAACGGCUGCUUUCCCGGCUUCCCAAAGGCGUUUCCUCUGCUUAACGUGGACUCAAAACGUCAUUUUCAACACAGGCAAGAGCAAUGGCGGCAGGUUGGAGAGACUGUGCCGAACUAAUGGACGCUAAAGUUCCUUCGUUUGAAUACGUGCGUGCCCUUGGUGGUUAAAGCGGCGGGGGGGGGGGAUUUGUAUUUUUUUUUAAAUUAUUAUUCUUUGUAAGUACUCACCAUGGAGGAGCAGGAGAGGGAGAUUUCGUACGCGGAGCCCUCGGCGUCGGACAGCGGGGUGGUGGUGGUGGUGGUGAAUCCGAGCCGCGCGCGCCCCCCGCUGGGCGUGCUGCUCGCCACGCUGCUCUACUGCGCCGAGCUGCUCAACGCCGCCGCGCUGUGCGCCAGCUACGGCCGCACGGACGACCGGCACUGGCUGGCCUUCACCGUCGCCUUCAUGCUGGUGCCGGCCGCGCUCAUCCAGCUCACCCUCAUCUUCAUCCACAGGGACGUGGGCCGAGACCGGCCGCUCGUCCUCCUGCUGCACCUGCUGCUCCUGGGGCCCGUCAUCAGGUGUUUCGAUGCCCUGGUGGUGUACUUCCGAGUCGGCAGGAAGGAGGAGCCUUACGUGACCAUCACCAGGAAGAUCUACCUGAAGCGGGGCGAGGGCACGCGCACCGAGUGCGAAGUCAGCCGCUCGGAGCGCAUGCUGGCCACGCACAGGAACGCCUUCAAGCGCACCACCGUCAUCCAGGCCUUCUUGGGCUCCACGCCGCAGCUCACGCUCCAGCUGUACGCCACCAUCCAGGAGAAGUACAUCCUCCCCAUCCGAUUGACCCUGAUGAUCAUCACGCAGAUCUCCGUCAUCUACGGCGCCCUGGUGUGCAGCGUGCUGGCCGUCCAGAUCCGCUACGACGACUACAAGGUGCGCUUCCGGCCGGCCGCCUACCUGUGCAUGAUCCUGUGGCGCGGCCUGGAGAUCACCACGCGCAUCACCGCCCUGGUGCUCAUGAGCACGGCGCUCACCCACUGGGUGAUCCCGGUGGGCGUGGCCAACCUGCUCUUCUUCUUCUUCCUGCCGUGGGCCGAGUUCUGGGCCAAGAAGGGCACGCUGACCGAGGACGUGGAGAAGAACUUCUCCAAGCUGGGCACGGCGGUGGUGCUGUGCCUGUUCACGUUGCUCUACGCGUGCAUCAACGUCUUCUGCUGGUCGGCCGUGCAGCUGGACCUGGGCCACGCCGGGCUCAUCGACCGCAAGCAGCGCUGGGGCCGGCUGGCCGCGUACUACGGCGCCCGCUUCGUGGAGAACCUGCUCCUCAUCACGCUGUGGUACUUCUUCAAGUCGGACUUCUACGAGUACGUGUGCGCGCCGCUGCUGGCCGUGCAGCUGCUGGUCUGCUACGGCCUGGCCGUGCUCUUCAUGCUGCUCUUCUACCAGUUCUUCCACCCGUGCCGCAGCCUCUUCCGCCACAACAUCCACGACUGCCUGCGUUGCGUCUGCCGGCGCCGGCGGGCUGACGCGGGCCGGGCGAGGAGGGCGCCGUCGUCCUACUCCGCCGCCGCCACAAUGGUGCUGAUGCCCGACGAGCCUCGGGAGCCGCCCGACCCGCGCGACCUCGACAGCGACGGGGAUCGGCAGGAGACGGCCAUCCUGGACGACGUCACGGAAUAUCCCUGAGAGAUCUCAACAGUAGGCACGCCCUCACAAUCCAAAACCGCAAGAAACGAUCCAGUUUCACGUCAUUGGUCCAAACGUGAUUUUAUUUACCACAAAUAAUGUAGCUUUGUUCAUCCAUCGAUAUCAAUUCAAUGAUCUUCAAUUAGAUCAAUUGCAUCUAGUUCUGGUGGUUUGGUGCUGUGCAAAAAGAUACCUUGCAUGAAAUCUACUUCUUUCGUCACAAUUAGGCCAAAAUCUAAACGAUAUUUAAGUCCCGUUUAAGAGCCACCCUUAAAUUUAGUCAAUUCCUGGUUGAAAACGUUGACAAUUCCUGGAAUUUUGCAAUUCUAUGCGGCACACCACCAAACAAAAAUGUCACAAAACGUUUUCGCAGUGACUGGACAAAGCCCUUUCCCCCCAAGGGGAAAAAUUAAAAAUAAAAUAACAUCAGCCAAAAAAGAAAAAAAAAAAAAUAGCUUCCAGAUGAUUUGAUUUCAAAGUCAUGCGCAGCAAGUGCAAAUGUGCAAAGACUGUCUUCUGCUAACGACCCAGGCUAAACUCAGCUGCUCCCCAACAAACAAAGCUUGUCGCUCAGUCAGGUUAUAUCAGGUGAAAUGACUUCCUUGGACCAAUUACUGGACUGCUUUCCUAUUGAAACCUUGGUACCACCUUGUGGCAUCUGCAAGGAUUUCAGAAAGAGAACAAAAUCUGCGACUAUAGAGUGUGCGGUUUUUAGCAAAUAGCCAGGGAUACGUUCGACAGAAAGCAAAAAUUCUAGAGUAGUCAACUGUGAAUAUGCGGCAAUUACUGCAAUGAUGAUAUGGUCUCGAUUUACAACCCCAAUUCCAAUGAAGUUGGGACGUUGUGUUAAACAUAAAUAAAAACAGAAUGCAAUGAGUUGCAAAUCAUGUUCAACCUGUAUUUAAUUGAGUACACUACAAAGACAAGAUAUUUCAUGUUCAAACUGAUCAACUUGAUUGUUUUUAACAAAUUAACUCAAUCAUGAACUUAGAAUUUGAUGGCUGCAACACGUUCCAAAAAAGCUGGGACAGGGUCAUGUUUACCGCCGUGUUGCAUCACCUUUUCUUUCUACAACAUUCAAUAAACGUUUGGGAACCGAGGACACUAAUUGUUGAAGCUUUGUAGGUGGAAUUCUUUCCCAUUCUUUCUCGAUGUACAGCUUCAGCCGUUCAACGGUCCGGGGUCUCCGUUGGCGUAUUUGACGCUUCAUAAUGCGCCACGCAUUUUCAAUGGGAGACAGUUGUGGACUGCAGGCAGGCCAGUCUAGUACCCGCACUCUUUUACCACAAAGCCACGCUGUUGUAACACGUGCAGAAUGUGGUUUGGCAUUGUCUUGCUGAAAUAAGCAGGGACGUCCGUGGAAAAGACGUUGCUUGGAUGGCAGCGUAUGUUUCUCCAAAACCUGUAUGUACCUUUCAGCAUUGAUGGUGCCUUCGCAGAUGUGUAAGUUACCCAUGCCAUUGGCACUAACACAGCCCCAUACCAUCACAGAUGCUGGCUUUUGAACUUUGCGUCCAUAACAGUCCGGAUGGUUCUUUUCCUCUUUGGCCCGGAGGACACGACGUCCACAGUUUUCAAAAACAAUUUGAAAUGUGGACUCAUCGGACCACAGAACACCUUUCCACUUUGCGUCAGUCCAUCUCAGAUUAAUUCGGGCCCAGAGAAGCCGGCGGCGUUGUUGAUAAAUGGCUUUUGCUUUGCAUAUUAGAGUUUCAAGUUGCACUUCCGGAUGUCGCGCCGAACUGUAUUUACUGACAUUGGUUUUCUGAAGUGUUCCUAAGCCCACGCGGUGAUAUCCUUCACACACUGAUGUCGGCUUUUGACGCAGUGCCGCCCGAGGGAUCGAAGGUCACGGGCAUUCAAUGUCGGUUUUGGGCCUCGCCGCUUACAUGCGGUGAUUUCUCCAGAUUCUCUGAACCUUUUGAUGAUAUGAUGGACCGUAGAUGAUGAAAUCCCUAAAUUCCUUGCAAUUGUACGUUGAGGAACAUUGUCCUUAAACUGUUCCAACUAUUUUCUCACGUACUUGUUCACAAAGAGGUGAACCUCGCCCCAUCUUUGCUUGUGAAUGACAAAGCUCCUUUUCUACCCAAUCGGUGGCACCCACCUGUUCUCAAUGAACCUGUUCACCUGUGGGAUGUUCCAAACAGGUGUUUGAUGAGCAUUCCUUCAACGUUCUCAGUCUUUUUCGCCACCUGUCCCAGCUUUUUUGGAACGUGUUUCAGCCAUAAAAUUCCAAGUUAAUGAUUUAUUUGAGAAAAACAAUCAAGUUGAUCAGUUUGAACAUGAAAUUUGAAAUUCAAUUCAAUAUAGGUCGAACAUGAUUGGGGGUUGUACUUACUCCGUGCAAAAUCACACAAAGCUCUUAUUCUCAGGAAGAUGCACAAGUUAAUUAUUUUGCGUGUCGCUAUACUGUGCCGACAUAGAUGAGCCAAGACACCUUAUUUGUCGUGAAUACAUCCUGUUCAGAGCAACAACGUGAAAUUGGAUAUUUUCUCACAGCACACUAAUGUGCCUCAGGACACUAAAUCGGGAAUGGCUGAAUAGAAAAAUAGAUGACAAUGCUCACUUGUAAGAGGUAUUCAUGUAUCAAUGUUUAUGAUUGUGGUUGUAGCAUACUGAGAGUUGUUUGAGAUAUAUUGAACCAAAACGACAUCAUCCUGACAAUGACGGCCAUUUCUUUUCAAAUCUAAGCUAAAUAUGGAUAUCAUGUUUGAGGGACUUAUAUCCCCGAUCGCCCCAGUGAUUCUAAUAUUUUACCCCGAAACGGCACCACACGGACGACGACGACGACGACGGCGGCCGUGUGGUUUAAUUCAAGACACAAUUUUUUUUUCAGCGGACUGAUAUCCCGCCAUCACAUUACAUAGGCGUGUCUAACACAGUACAUCUGUAGAGAUGACAAUAUCGUACAAAAUUUAAAAAAUGGUUCAAUUCGCAAAGUGAAGAUCGGCUAUCGUGUUGAUUGAUUGAACGGCGAAAAAUCCCGAGCCUGACUCCAAAAGACAAUUUUGUUCCUUCCAAACCUCUCUGACUUCAAAAUUGAGCAUUUUUAUCUUUGUAACUUUUAGAUUGUGCGGGUGUACCUACAUAAAAACACAACCGUGUUUGUCGGAGAACUAUUUUGGUUGCCUUUCCCUCUGAAGUGGAUUUUGCACCCCUGAAGAAUGUAGCCUCGGUGGGACAAAGAGUGCCUUGAGAGCGGAACCGCGACCCAAGCAGGUGCGCUACGGACACGUGCCAAAAAAGCGCGUCGGCGUCCGGCCUUCGCCCCAUCGCGUGCACUCCAGUUUUCUCCACGACGAGUUCAAAUUCACAGGAAUUACGAUGUCUUCGUCGUCUGCUUGUCGAACCGCUUCGACCGGCUGCGACCGAGGCCUCGCCUUCCGUAAAAACUGGUUUUCGGUUUGGGCGGAAGAAACAAGAAGGAACUCUGGGGGAAAUAAACAUGGUUGAGUUGGACUUAAAUAAGCAAAUACAAUCACGAUUGAGGAACUCAAGGAAAAUGUACUCCUCACCCAAAAGGUUUGGGAUAUUCGCCUUUGGGGGGGAAAGUUCACGAUGAAGCUCGAAUGCAUUUGAAUAUUUACAGGUGAACAAAAUUCGACCUUGUCGGAAGUUUUGAAGCUGUUCCAUUAUUAUUAUUAUUUUCCUCAAGGGAAGUAUAAAGCGUGCCUCCUAGAACAGCUGCACUUUAAAUGGUGUGCUAACAAUGGAUGAACAGUACCACACCCUGGCGAGAUUCAAACAGGAUGUUAUCGUAUUGAAAAAAGGAAACCGGAAAAAAAAAACGGGGUGUUAUCAGAAGGAA